AUAACAUGACUUUCCAACUUCUCAUCUCCAACUUUAAUAUUGCUAAUUUUAAACCCAUUUUUUUGUUAUUCCAUGUAUUCAUCUCCUUCCUUCUCAUUCUCUCUCAUGGGUCCAUUGCUGAAGCUGACAAAGUAACUCUACAUAUCGGUGCCAUCAUUGAUGUUGAUUCUCGUAUCGGCAAAGAACAAAAAAUAGCCAUGAAUAUAGCUCUGCAGAACUUCAACAAGAAGUCCAAGUUUCACAAGUUAUCUCUUCAUCUCCGAAAUUCUGGCAGUGACCCCAUCCGAUCAGCCUAUGCUGCUGAAGAGCUGAUCAAGGAGAAGAAAGUCCAAGUGAUUAUCGGCAUGGAGACAUGGGAGGAAGCGGCUUUAGUGGCAGACAUUGGAACCCGAACUCAAGUCCCAGUUCUUUCAUUUGCAGCUGCUGCUAUUACAUCCGAAUUGGUGCGGCUUCGAUGGCCUUUCUUGGUGCAAAUGGUUACCAAUGGCUCCGAACAAAUAAAUUGCAUUGCAGAUAUUGUUCAAUCUUUCAAAUGGCAGAGUGUUGUAGCUGUCUAUGAAGAAGACAUCCAUGGUGGUGAUUCCGGGAAGUUAACCAUGUUAUCCAAGGCCCUUAAAAAGGUUGGGUCUACGGAUAUAGACUAUCAUCUUGUCCUUCCACCAUUUUCUAAUCUAUCUGAACCUGAUCAGGAAUAUUUUGUUAAUAAAGAGCUGUCUAAGUUAGAAAGCAGCACAAAAUCUAGGGUGUUUAUUUUUCUUCAGUCAUCACUACCGCUGACAAAUAUUUUGUUCAAAAUAGCGAAGAAGAAGGGAUUUAUGCGAAAAGACUCGGUGUGGAUAAUUGCAGACACCACUGCAAGCCGUCUGAAUUAUGUCAGCCCUCCUGUUGAAGGUGCUCUCGUAAUCAAGCCGUACUGCUGUGAAGAUACUACUUCUUUCCGAGACUUUCAUUACCAGUUUUGGCAAAGUUUCCGAGUAGAUUAUCCUGGGGAAGAUAACACUGAGCCGGGAAUUCAUGCACUACGAGCUUAUGAUAGCAUUAUGACUAUUGCAAAGGCGAUGGUGAAAGCAGCUGGUAAAAUGAAUUCCUCAAAAAUGUUGGAUAGUAUUUUAUCAAGCAGCUUCUCUGGCUUAACUGGUGAUCAAGUGCGUUUUGAAGAGGGAAUACUAUCAAGUUCCCCAAAAUUCAGUAUAUUGAACAUUGCCGAUCAUGAAUACAAAAACCUUGGCUUUUGGUCAUCAGAGUUUGGUUUCUCGGAUAGCCCUAGUACCAAAAAUAUUGGAGGAAGUACUGAAACAAUUGAUAAUGGAGGUGGUAAUAAUAUGAAAGAGUUGGCUGGUUUCAAGGAGGUGAUAUGGCCUGGGAAUCCAGAGAGAAUCCCAGGAGGAUGGGCACCCAUGAAAAUUGCAGUUCCUGGUAGAGUCUCUUUUAAGAAGUUCCUCAAUGCAGAACGGAAUGAGAACACGGAUGAGAAGUACUUUACUGGUUUUAGUAUCAGUCUUUAUAAGGAGGUGCAAACAAUUUUGAAGCAACGUUAUAACAUUCAUCUGCCAUCUCCCAAUGAAUUUCAAGAGUACGAUGGCAGCUACAAUGAUUUGGUUGAAUCUGUUCGUAACAAGACUUUUGAUGCUGCUGUUGGUGACAUAACGAUAAUAGCAAAGCGUUGGAGCCUAGUGGAAUUUACUGAACCAUUUAUGGAGUCAGGUUUGUCGAUGGUAGUUCCAGUGAAGCCUGAAGCUUCGAAAGCAUGGUUGUUUCUGAAGCCCUUCACCAUGGAAAUGUGGGUGGCUACGGGGAUCAUCUUCAUCUACACAAUGCUCGUAGUUUGGUUCUUGGAGCAACGUUCCAACCCAGAAUUUAGUGGCCCAUGGAAGGAACAGCUUGGCAAUGUGCUUUGGUUCACCUUCUCUACUCUAUUCUUUAAAAGUAUUUAUACACAGAUACACCUUCUUCUUUUUUUUCAUUUUGAAGGGGAGAAGAUUCAAAGCAACUACACUCGAUCCGUGAUUGUGGUGUGGCUUUUUGUGGUGUUGGUCUUAACACAUAGCUACACUGCCAGCCUCACUUCAAUGCUCACCUUUUCAAGACUCCGGCCAACUGUGACAGAUAUCGAGUGGCUACAGAGGACAAAUGUAAGAGUGGGGUGUGCAUGCUAUGGUCGUACAUUUGUUCGAAAUUACUUGGAGCAUGUGUAUAAAUUUAAACCAGAGAACAUCAUCCACAUCAGAAACCAAAGCGAGUACCUGAGGGCAUUCGAGAAUGGCAAUAUUUCAGCAGCAUUUCUUGAAGUCCCGUAUGCCAAAGUUUUUGUCAACCAAUACUGCAAUCGGUACGAGUACGGAUCAUUCACCAGCAGAUUUGGAGGAUUCGGCUUCGUGAGUAGUGGAUGGAACUCUUUGCACUCUUUUCAUUCUCUAUUAUCACAUAGUUAACUGCGACACUAA